CCUGAGCUGCCGUGCGCUGCUCGCUGCGGCUCUCCCGCAGCAAUCUGCAGCUCCCUGCCGGGGCGGGGCCGGCUCCUGCGGCCGCCUCAGCACAGCCCCGCCGGGCCCGGCCGAGCCGACGGCAUUUCCGGGGGAGGGAGCGGUGUGCGGGCUGGCGGGGAGCGGCGCGGCGCGAGCAGAGUUGACUAUAUAUGGUCAAAGGCAGGGGAGAGCGGCGGGCCGCGCGGGCGCUUCCUGCUUCGUGCCGCUGGGCGCCGUGGUGCUGAGGCGGCGGCGGGGAGCAGAGCGCAGCGGCGGUCCGUCUGCCCGCCUGCGUCCGCUUCGCAGCGCCGCGGCACGAGCUUGAGGAAACGAGGAUGCCGUACGAGAUCAAAAAAGUGUUCGCCAGCCUCCCGCAGGUUGAACGAGGCGUGUCCAAAAUCAUUGGAGGUGAUCCGAAAGGCAACAAUUUUCUCUAUACCAAUGGGAAAUGCGUCGUCAUCCGAAACAUCGAUAAUCCUGCGAUUGCUGACAUCUAUACUGAGCACGCCCAUCAGGUUGUAGUUGCCAAGUAUGCUCCCAGUGGAUUCUACAUAGCAUCUGGAGAUGUCUCUGGAAAGCUGAGAAUCUGGGAUACUACACAGAAGGAACACCUUCUGAAGUAUGAGUAUCAGCCAUUUGCAGGAAAAAUAAAGGACCUUGCCUGGACUGAAGACAGCAAAAGAAUUGCUGUGGUUGGAGAAGGAAGGGAAAAAUUUGGAGCAGUAUUCCUGUGGGAUAGUGGUUCUUCAGUUGGUGAAAUCACUGGGCACAACAAAGUGAUCAACAGUGUGGACAUAAAGCAAACAAGACCUUAUCGUCUAGCAACUGGUAGUGAUGACAACUGUGCUGCUUUCUUUGAGGGACCUCCAUUCAAGUUCAAGUUUACACUGAGCGACCAUACACGGUUUGUGAACUGUGUGAGAUUUUCUCCUGAUGGGAACAGAUUUGCUACAGCUAGUGCAGAUGGCCAGAUUUUUAUCUAUGAUGGGAAGACUGGGGAGAAAGUUUGUGCUCUUGGUGGAGGCAAAGCUCAUGAUGGAGGUAUUUAUGCUAUUAGUUGGAGCCCUGAUAGCUGCCAAUUGCUUUCUGCUUCUGGAGAUAAAACUGCUAAAAUUUGGGAUGUUGGUGCUAAUUCUGUUGUCAGUACUUUCAACAUGGGAUCAAAUGUGUUGGAUCAGCAGCUGGGUUGCUUGUGGCAGAAAGACCAUUUACUGUCUCUUUCUCUCUCUGGCUAUAUCAAUUAUUUGGACAAAAACAAUCCAGAUAAACCCUUACGUGUCAUAAAGGGUCAUAGUAAAUCAAUUCAGUGUCUUACGGUGCAUAAAAAUGGUGGAAAGUCCUAUAUUUAUUCUGGCAGUAACGAUGGUCAUAUUAAUUAUUGGGAUUCUGACACUGGAGAGAAUGAUGGCUUUUCUGGGAAAGGCCAUACAAACCAGGUUUCUAGAAUGGCAGUGGAUGAAAUGGAUCAGCUUGUCACCUGCAGUAUGGAUGACACUGUGCGUUAUACCAACCUUAGCAAGAGGGACUACAGUGGCCAGGAUGCUGUGAAAAUGGAUGUUCAACCAAAAUGUUUAGCUGUGGGUCCUGGUGGCUAUACUGUAGUUUUAUGCAUUGGACAAAUUGUCUUGAUGAAAGAUAAGAAAAAAUGUUUUGCAAUUGAUGACCUUGGCUAUGAGCCAGAAGCUGUGGCUGUUCACCCUGGAGGAGGUUCAGUAGCAGUGGGAGGAACGGAUGGGAAUGUCCGUUUGUAUUCAAUCCAAGGAACCUCUUUGAAAAGCGAUGAUAAGACUUUGGAAGCUAAAGGUCCUGUUACUGACCUGGCAUAUUCUCACGAUGGUGCCUUUCUUGCAGUUUGUGAUGCAAACAAAGUUGUCACUGUCUUUAGUGUCCCUGAUGGCUAUGCGGAACAUAAUGUUUUUUAUGGACAUCAUGCAAAAGUUGUUUGUAUUGCCUGGUCACCAGACAAUGAACACUUUGCUUCUGGAGGCAUGGAUAUGAUGGUAUAUGUUUGGACUGUAAGUGAUCCUGAGACCAGAGUCAAGAUACCAGAUGCUCACAGACUACAUCAUGUAAGUGGCUUGGCGUGGUUGGAUGAACAUACUCUGGUAACAACAUCCCAUGAUGCUUCUGUCAAAGAAUGGUCUAUUUCCUACAAUUGAAAUAAGCUGUUUCUUUGGAAGGACCUAAUCAGGGACUAGAACUACUGCAGCGGAACAUAGCAUUUCUCUUAAAGAAUCUGUAUUGGCCUCUGGGUCUGCUAUCAUAUCCUCAUAUCUUUACAGGGUGUUCAUAUCUGUAAUUAAAUGUACUUUGAAAGCUUUAGCCAGUAACAGUUUGCACAUGAAAAGCACUUAAAUUAUGUCUGGAGCUUAACCUUUGUGCUGAACAUUCCAGGGGCAACAGCCUAGCAAGUUGGUGUGAAAGAUUCAAACUCAAUCACUCGUUCUUUUCUAACCAAGAAACAUGAGACUGUACAGCAUGAGAGUAAUACUUCUCAUUUUUUCUAAUUACAGAACAUUUCUGUACUAACGGUCAUAGUAAGAAUAUUUAGUUGUGAUCUGAAACCAAUCAAGCUGUGUGCAGCUACUGUAUAUUGCUUUGCUUCUCUGUACUGCACCAAACUGUUGCCUCAGAUUUUUCCUCCAGAUAACAAAAUGGGGUACAUACAUAAUAAACUUUUUAUGUAUUUCAUGUCAAAGCUUUUUGAUUUAUUUUAGGAUGGAAGUGUGGGGUUUUGGUGUACUUACUGUUGUGGGUAUAAUGUUUACGAAUAAUUGUUGUGGCAAUUUCUUGCUUCAGAAACACAUGUGUUACUUUCAUGGAUUAAGAAUGUCUGGUCAUUUCAAUGUCAGAAAAAAAACAAUUGUUUCAAAUAUUAAAGAUAUUUUCUGUUUGAA